UUGGUAAUGCCCCGUUAAUUUAUUAGCCCGGAUGCUGGGCUUUUGUUUCCUCGUUAAGGGCAAUUGGGCGAAUUUACCAAGACCUUGUGCUUCACUUAUAUACGAUAGAGGUCAAUCGCGAGCGGAUCAGUACGUUUUCUGCCUCAAGCUGCUUUCCCAUUUUCCCGACGCUUUCUGGCGUCAGGCAAUUUACAUAUUAAUGUCGGAUUGGCGCAGUAUACCAUGCGAGGAAAGACACAAACGAUUUCUCGAGAAGUUUAUCGCGGCCUUGAUCGAUUCCACCUUCGAAAGCGUGUCCCGUAAAAAUCCAGUGUUGAGAUGGAGAGAACCAGGUCACCUGCAACAUAUCAUAAACUUCGGGUUAGAGGAGGAGCCGAGAAGUCAGGAUAGUCUUUUACAGAUCGCGAUUCAAGUUUUUAAGUACAGCGCGAAAACGGGACAUCCUUACUUUAUGAAUCAGUUAUUCUCUGGAUUGGAUCCAUACGGUUUAGCCGGUCAAUGGCUUACCGACGUUCUAAAUUCUUCCUUGUAUACUUACGAAGUGGCACCAGUUUUAACACUGAUGGAGAAGACUGUAAUAACAAAAUUGUUGAGCAUGUUUUACAAUGAAGAAAAUGGUAUUACGAUUGGGGAUGGUCUCUUCUGUCCAGGAGGUUCCUUCGCGAAUGGAAUUGCCAUCAACCUGGCUCGAUUUUCGUUUAGAAAGAAAAGUCCAGACAAUAAAAAAGUUCCAUCAACAAAUUUGGUAUUAUUCACGUCCGAAGAUGCACAUUAUUCGGUUUCGAAAUGGGGAAGCGUAUGCGACGUGGAAGUUAUUCUAAUAAAAACAGAUGAAUACGGCAGAAUGGAUGUUAACGACUUACGAGCCAACAUACUGGAAGAACAAAAGAAAGGGAACCAUCCGUUUUCGGUUUCUGCUACUUCAGGAACGACAGUUUUGGGUGCCUUUGAUCCGCUAAUUGAAAUUGCAGACAUUUGUCAAGAAUUCGAUAUGUGGUUGCAUGUUGAUGCAGCCUGGGGUGGUGGUUUAAUAUUCAGCAGAAAGCACAGUGUUCUCUUAAGAGGAAUACAAAGAGCAGAUUCCAUUUCAUUCAAUCCACAUAAAUUACUGGCAAUCCCUCAACAGUGUUCAGUUCUUUUAACCAGACAUGAGAAUAUUUUUAAGGAAGCACAUGCUAAACAAGCUCCCUAUCUCUUUCAAAAGGACAAAUUUUAUUCUACUGAUUUAGAUGUUGGAGACAAGUAUUUACAGUGUGGACGCAGACCAGAUGUGUUGAAAUUUUGGUUCAUGUGGCAAGCUAAGGGUAGUUCGGGUUUUGAGAAACACGUGGAUCAUUUAAUGACAUUGUCAGCUCUUUUUAAAGAAGAGGUCGAGAAGAGAGAAGGCUUCGAAUUAGUAACAGAUUCAUGUUUUAUAAACGUGUGUUUCUGGUUUAUACCGCCGUCUUUGAGAAAUCAAAACCUUAUGUGUGAUUACAAAAUACAAUUAAACAAAGUUGCUCCUAAAUUAAAAGAGAAGAUGGCGAAAAGAGGCAGCUUAAUGAUAAAUUACCAACCGCUUCACGAGAAUCCCAAUUUCUUCCGCUUCGUUGUUCAAAACUCCGGAGUAUCCGCUCAAGAUAUUUAUUAUGUCUUCGACGAACUGGAGAACCUUGGAGAAUUUAUGUAAAUUCCUUUAUGAUGAACAAAAACCACGUAUUGAUAGUUCAGUAUUGCCAGACUUCAUCGAUUUUAGAAAUAAAAGCAGUUGACUAGGAGAAACCUAGCAAUCAGUUGAUCUGAUUAGGAGAGGGGCCGCUACUAAAUUUCUAAUGCCAAGCUACGAUGCUAAUUCAUGACUCUCUUCGUUGUAGAAACCGCGGCGUCGCGACGUACCGGUUGACUAAUCCUGAUUCAAGUGACAGCAUAUAGAGAAGCCCUAUGUAUAUCUAUAACACUACUUUUCAUGCUAUGUAGCGAAUUGAUUUGCAACCACGACAAAUCGCACGGUUUCCCAUCGAAACUAUACUCUAUCGAUUACUUUCGAAUUGAGAUUUUUAAAUAAAACACGCUACAUCAGAUUCGCGAAUGUGUUAUUAAAAAAAUUAUUUUAUAGAAUAUGUAGAAUUUGAACUUAAAAGCAAAAGACCAUCUCGCUUGAAAUUAUAUUUUAUAAGUUACCAAAGGUUUUAGCUAUGACGGUACUUAGUUAUUAUAUCCUCUAUUUUAUUAGUAUAAUUGAAAAUAAAAAUUUAAUCACUAUAAUUUACCUAUCUGUGCAACAAAAAUAAAUGAACAGUGGAAAGUUACACUACUGUUUAAUUUUAUAAUACAAUAAAA